UAGAAUGAAGCUACACUCCUCCUGGUUGGCUGAAAAGUUUAUUGACAGCAAAGUAUUAGGAAAGUUCAAACGGAAGUCAAAUUAGAGUCAACAGUAUAAGGUUUGUAUAUUUUUACUUGAAUAAAGAACUGUUGUGUCGUCCGCAUAAAGGAAAAAGGACAGGAGUUUGGAAUAUAUGUGAAUAUAAUUUUAUAUAGGCCUAAACAAAAUAAAAGAGGGCCUAAAAGAGAUCCCUGGAGAACACCACAGGUAAUUGAACGAAAAUUAGAAAUAGAACUAGAGCAUUAAUACACUGAGCGCGAUUUGUAAAAAUCGCCGGACCCGAGUACCAUAUAUCACGGUGCGAUAGCUAUAAAAGAAUGGUAUUGUCAAUUGUGUCAGAGAAAGGAAAGGUCAGUCAAAACUGAUAGUAUAUUGUCUGUUCUCAUGCAUCAACAUUUUUAUUAGAUCGGUAAGUGCCAUGGAGGUAUUGUAGACUUUCCUAAGCCCCUAUUUUAUGCUAUAGAACAUAUUAAAAUUGAUAAUAUAAUAAAAGAGUUUUGUCAUAUUUUUUCUCUUAUUUUUAUUACUUUUGAAAAUACUAGAUGGAAUUCUUCCAAGUAUAAAAUAUGUGUUUGGAGUCGGCCAAACUAUCGUCGCCACAAAAAAAAUUAUGCGGGUAAAGAUUGCUCCGAUUACUUAAAUCCCUGAAGUGAAGGACAUUUAAUGCUUUAAAAGUAUGAAUUUGCUAUUUCCGGGCAUUUAUACUAGAGGGAGACAUUCUUUUCCAACAUUUGCUCACCUCAGCGAGUGCCAGCCAUGGUGGAGUAGGUGGGUGUGGGCAGGAUUGUAUUCUACUACUUAACUUAAUGUCUUGUGUCUAAAGUCUACAGUACGGUACCAAACCGGAAUGCCUCCAGUUCAACGAGGAAUCGACCGGAUUGUAGAUGGUGUCCGCCACCCUUGGGUCACCACAGAUGAAAUCCUGGAGGCGAUGAAAACGUUUGAAGUUCGUACAGAUGACAUUUGGGUGAUUACGUACCCAAAAGCUGGAACUACAUGGAUGCAGGAGAUUGUUUCGAUUCUCUACCACGGCUGCGAUAUCCAGAAAGCAGACGAAAUCAGCAUCUUAAAACGGUUCUUGUUUCUUGACCAACAAAAAACAGAUGUACCGCCGCAUAAUGAAGCCAUGAGAAUGCCAUCGCCUAGACUUAUUAAAACGCAUCUACCGCCAAAACACAUGGCGAAGCAGCUCAUCAUAAAGAAACCAAAGAUUGUGUAUGUCGGGAGAAACCCUAAGGAUAAUGCAGUAUCAUUGUAUAACUUUCACCGUGCCAAUACAUAUCUAAGAACGUACGAAACCUGGGAUGAAUUCUUUGAUGCUUUCUGCGCUGAUGACGUUAUUGAUGGUUCCUGGUUUGAUAUGAAUAUUUACUGGUGGAGCCUACGGAAUGAAGAAAACGUUCUGUUUAUCAAAUAUGAAGAUAUGAGGAAGGAUCUUGCAAGUGUGAUAGAAAGAGUCUCCAAGUUUUUUGGCUGGUCAAUUCCUGAUAAAAAACUACAAGAUAUUGUAAAGCACUGUACAUUUGACUCUAUGAAGAAAAAUCCAAAAACUAACUUUUCAGAUUGUGAAAAUAUUGACCAAUCACUAUCAGCCUUUAUGAGAAAAGGUGAAGUCGGAGAUUGGAAAAAUUACUUCACCAAGGCUCAGAAUGCGAAAUUUGACAAAUUAUACGCCGAUAGGAUGAAAGGAUCAAGUCUCGUAUUCGAAUUCGAAUUAUAGUCAAUUGAACUCCGUUUUAAUUAUUGCUAAGCCCUGUACAGACUAUCAUAUUUUAUUUGACAAAAACAAAAGAAUAUGGUCAUGAUGACAUCACAUCAUGACCAUAUAUUGGCGCAUCAUGACCGUAUAUAGGCACAUCGUGACCAUAUAUAGGCACAUCAGGUCUAUAUUUUUAUUUUAUUUAACUUCAACUAGCAAGACCAGAACAUGUGAACAAGCACCUCUACAGGGCCGUCUUACCACCGGAGUGAGAUAAAUGAAACAACAAAAAUAAAUAUAAUAUGGAUAAGAAUAAAUAUAUGUCCAAUUCACAAAUAACAAUUAAAAUUAAGAAAAAAAAAGAUCAUAAUCUAACAACAACCAGAACGGUGACAAAAUGAAACCCAAGUGCAGAUGUUAUCAGCAAAAAAAAUUAGAUUUCAAUUUAGAAUUGUAACAUUCAAUCACCUUGUUUGUGAAAGAUGGAAAAUAAGAAUCUGAUCGAAUUGCUAAAAGAAGAUUAUUCCAGAUGGGCACUAUUCGUUGAAAAUAAAACGAUUUAUGGGAUUUUGUUUUGCAUCGACGGACAGAUAACAUUAAAGAAUUUGACGAAAGUCUGGUGGCAGGACGGCCCUGUGAGCAAUUUAAAUGCACAUAGUCAUCUAUAGAAAUGUCAUAAAUUCCAAAAGAACUUAAAAAAAAAAUAAAGAUAUCUCUACGCUUAAGACGCGACUUAUAAUCAAGGUCGGGAUAUUGCAAUAAAUAUAUGGGCAUACAGACGUUUUUUGGUGAAGAAAAUUCGAUAAUCUGGACAGAGCUUUGGUAUACUUGGUUAGCAUCAAUACUGAUAUAUUGUAUAUAGGUAAUAUUGAUUUAAGGAAUGCUGAAGAAGGUGGGCGGUAAGAAUCAGUCUUGAAAAUUCCAAACUGCUCAUGGGGUAGUUUUGAAUUAUAUUUAAUCAAUUAUAUACACAUAUUAUAUACAUAUAUAUAAUUUAAAUUCUUUAAAGUUAAAUUUUUUUCUUCUUUUUUUUUUGUUUCUGAUCAAUGAUUAAUUAAUUUGCUCUAUAUUUAGUUUCGUAUUUCACUAACUUCGAUAAUUGCUUUCUGUAUUUUGUUCAUUUUGUUUUAUUAUAUUAUAAUUGACCUAUAUUGUUUAUAAUUGUAUUUAUAUUAAACUGGAUGGGUGAGGUUCGCAGACUUUCUGUUAUAGUGAUUAAAGCUGCUCUCCCACCUAGGUUUAUUUCACCUAAGAGUCGUACGAUUUCUACGAGUUAAAACUCGUGAUCUUUGGA